GUAGGGAAGACCAGCUGCCCCCGAACCCCAGAAAGACCAACUGGAUCAGUUCUCGCAGGAGCUGCAGUGCAGAGACUGGGAAACAUGGUUCCAAAACUGUUCACUUCCCAAAUUUGUCUGCUUCUUCUGUUGGGGCUUUUGGGUGUGGAGGGCUCACUCCAUGCCAAACCCCGGCAGUUUUCCUGGGCUCAGUGGUUUAGCAUCCAGCACAUCCAAAUGGCACCCCUCCGCUGCACCUAUGCAAUGCGGGCAAUUAACAAGUAUGAACGUCGAUGCAAAAACCAAAAUACUUUUCUUCAUACAACUUUUGCUGAUGUAGUUAAUGUUUGUGGUAACACAAAUAUGACCUGCCCUCGUAAUGCAUCUCUCCACAAUUGUCAUCACAGUAGAGUCCAGGUGCCUUUAACCUACUGUAACCUCACAGGUCCACCGACUAUUUCAAACUGUGUGUAUUCCUCGACUCAAGCAAACAUGUUCUAUGUAGUUGCAUGUGACAACAGAGAUCCACGAGACUCUCCACAGUAUCCAGUGGUUCCGGUUCACCUGGAUACCAUCAUCUAAGCUCCUGUAUCAGCACUCCUCAUCAUCACUCAUCUACCAAGCUCUUCAAUCAUAGCAAAGAUCCCAUUCCUCCAUGUACCCUGGGUAUCAGCAUCUAUCCUCAUCAGUCUCCAUACCCCUUCAGGUUUCCUGAGCUGAAGUGCCUUGUGAACCUCGCAAUAAACUGCAUUGGAAAUUCA